CACAAACACACAGACACACACAGGGAUAGCAGGCCGAUUACCUCAGUGCCGCUUAAGACAUGGCUGAGAUGCAACAUGCUCUGACUGAGGACAGAAUUGAAGGAGAAAUACACAACUAUCCAGCAUCAGAAUGAUGGGUUUACAGCCUCUCACAAUGUGGCAGAAAGUCCAGGUAUUCUACCAAGGGAUUCUGGAAAAUGGAGACAAAAGGACAGACAAAUGGCUGCUGGUCUACUCCCCUGUGCCAAUUAGCUGUGUCUUCCUGAGCUACCUAAUCAUUAUAUGGGUGGGGCCAAAGCUGAUGGCGAAGAGGCAGCCUGUCAACCUCAAACCUGUCCUGAUAGUUUACAACUUUGCCAUGGUCUGUCUUUCCGCCUACAUGUUCUACGAGUUCACAGCGUCUUCCUGGUUGGCCAGAUACAGUCUGCUAUGCCAGCCAGUCGACUACAGUGACAGCCCACUGGCCAUGAGGAUGGCCAGGGUCUGCUGGUGGUUUUACUUCUCCAAAGUUAUAGAGCUCAGCGACACGAUAUUUUUCAUCCUGAGGAAGAAGAACAGUCAGCUGACAUUCCUCCACGUCUACCAUCACGCCACCAUGAUCUUCAACUGGUGGGCCGGGGUUAAAUAUGUGGCUGGGGGCCAGUCUUUUCUGAUAGGUCUUAUCAACUCCCUGGUCCAUGUAGUGAUGUAUUUGUACUAUGGCCUGGCAGCUCUGGGACCGAGCAUGACCAGAUACCUGUGGUGGAAACGCUACCUCACCUCCCUGCAGCUGCUCCAGUUUUUCAUAGUGACCAUUCACACCACGUACAACUUGUUUGCCGACUGCGAAUUCCCUGACUCCAUGAACAUGGUCGUGCUGGCCUAUUCUCUCAGCCUCAUCGCUCUCUUCAGUAACUUCUACUACCGGAGUUACCUCGUUAACAAGAAGGCCAAGAAACCCUAGGCAGCCAGAGGAGAGAAGUGGUGAGGAAAAACAAACAAGGGAAGAAGACAGUUGACAGAGGGGUUAUUGUUUGUUACAUUAAUUACUUUAUGUUAAUGAUAUUCUACUAAUUAAUGCACUUUUUCUAUGUACAAGAACAUUACCAUACAAAUUAAACCCUGUACAAUGACAUCUGAAAACAGAAAAUAAAACACAACA